UUUCACACAAAAAUAUAUAAAUCCGGCACAAAAUGCAAGUUUGUAACAGUGGAGACCUAAAAUUAGAUGCUGCAGUGGAAGGAUGGCUAAAAAUAGAUAAGAAUCCAGAUACAAGGAGGGAGGUCCUCGACGACAUAGCAAACUCGCGAUGGGACAAGCUGCGCGAGAGCAUGCUGAAGCGGCAGAAGUUCGGCACGGCGGGGCUCCGCGGCCGCAUGGGCGCCGGCUACACCGGCAUGAACGACGUGGUCGUGCUGCAGACUGCGCAGGGCCUAUGCUCUUAUAUCCAGAAGGAAUGCCGCCAGAGUCAGCUGCACAAAGGCAUCGUCAUCGGAUACGACGGCCGAUACAAUAGUGAAAGGUUCGCCGAAUUGACCGCCCGCGUGUUCGUGUCCGCGUCAAUCCCCGUGCACCUGUUCUCGGCCGUGUGCCCCACGCCGCUGGUGUCGUUCGCCACCAUCCUGCUCGACGCGGCCGGCGGCGUCAUGGUCACCGCCUCGCACAACCCCAAGGAGGACAACGGGUACAAGGUUUACUGGGGCAAUGGAUCACAAAUUACAGCUCCCCAUGACCAACACAUAUUGGAUGAAAUAUUACAGUAUUUGGAUAUACCGGACUCUCACUGGGUGACAGAGGGCGUGCGUAGCCACGAGCUCGUGUCGGACUGUCUGUCGGAGGUGACGUCGCGCUACAUGCAGUACAUCGCGGACAGCGUGGGCCCGGAGCAGCGCGCCACCAACGCGCGCGCCGCGGUGGACACCGUGUAUAGCGCCAUGCACGGCGUUGGAUACGAUUAUGUGGUGAAGGCUUUCGAGUCGGCCAGUCUGAAGCCGCCCAUCAGCGUGCCGGAGCAGCAGGACCCCAACCCCGAGUUCCCGACCGUGGUGUUCCCCAACCCCGAGGAGCCCGAGUGUCUGGAGCUCGGCAAGCGGCUCGCGGCGCAGGAACGGGCCAGGCUGGUCCUGGUCAACGACCCCGACGCCGACAGGCUGGCUGUGGCCGAGUUUGACCGGAGUUUAAAGAAAUGGAAGGUGUUCUCCGGCAACGAGAUGGGUGCUCUGGUCGGCUGGUGGCUGCUGAAGCACGCGACGGGCGACGGCGACGACCGCUACGUCAUCACCAGCAUCGUCAGCUCCAAGAUGCUGCGCGCCAUCGUCCGGGGCCGCGGCCACUUCGUCGAGACGCUCACGGGGUUCAAGUGGAUGGGCAACACAGCGUUGCUGUUAAUGCAGCAGGGCAAGCACCCGCUGUUCGCGUUCGAGGAGGCCAUCGGCUACAUGUGCUCCCCGCGCGUGCCGGACAAGGACGGAGUCUCCGCCGCCGUGCACGUGGCUUCCCUCGCAUCGCACCUGUACUCGUCGGGCUCGUCUCUAGGUGAGCAGCUGCAGGCGCUGUACCGCGAGUACGGCUACCACGUGUGCCUCAACGGGUACUUCAUCUGCCACGACCAGGCCGCCAUACACGACAUAUUCGCCAGGAUCAGGAACUACCAUGGACCGGCCAAGUACCCGCAAAAAGUGGGAUCAUGUGAGAUCGUGUCCGUCAACGACUUCGCUGCCGGCGUCAAAGUUCCCGAAGAGAGCACAGACAACCGGCAUCUAAAUGUGCUGGGCACGGGUCUGGACCAGGACUACACGAGCGGCGAGAUGGUGAUCCUGCAGUGCAGCAACGGGCUCGGGGUGAUCGUGCGCACCAGCGGCACCGAGCCCAAGCUCAAGUACUACACCGAGCUGGUCUGCAAGGCCGACACGCUGCAGGAACAAGAACAGAUGAACGCCAAACUGAAGGUGAUGGUGAAGGAGUUCAUGGAAGAACUCGUGCAGCCGCACCAACACGGGCUGAUUGGAGAGAUCGCUUAAAACUAACAGAACGAGGCACGCCCUUGUAUUAUAUAUCAAUUUUCUUGUGAUACGAUUGACCAAAAA